UGUUUUACUCUAAAAAGGCACAAGAUCCUCCUUGAGCUUGGAUAUAGGCUUGUCACGUUUCUGUAUUUUGGGGGAAUGUUCAACGCCAGAUAGAUUUUGAAUUAGUUUUUAUUUUGAUCGUGAUCGCACUAUAGCAUGCAUCCUUUUAUGUAUAAACAUUUACAACAGAGAAACAUUAUUUUACAAUAUACACUCGAGUGUCCAACCAUAUAGCAACACCUGAUAUUAACAAUAUUUUGAGACAAAUUAACUACGUGCGGUUAUAGUGACACUAUGCAUGAAAUACGCAAGAGAAACACAGUGCAAGGAUGCAAUGAGAAAAAGUGAGUCUGGGGUGGAAAUACACAAGCGUGUUUCAGUUCUGAUUUAUUGACAGAGAACAUUUGAAAUGGUAGCGGUGGUUAACUGCAUCAAAUACGAUGUUGCAGAACUAUAGUUACGAUGCGCUCUUCGUUAAAAUUAUGUUUAUCAAAGAAUAUUGAACACAUUAUACAAUAUACCUUAUAAUUGAGUAAAAAAAAAGAAAAAAAAGAAAGCCGUCCAAUAAUUGUGUGCUAGUUUGAAAAGUCUCACAUUUGUAUAUAGGUUUUUGAAACGUAGGCGCGCCUGCUUUUCAAUAGAUUUAUAAGUACAAACUUUUUUUUCCAUUUUUACCCACACGAUGAAACAAGCUACUUAUUAUUUGGCCACUUGCAUCAAGUUAUGUUAAAGUUGUUUCGAAGUGACAUGUUGGCAAUAGCUGCCCCCUAGUGGUAGAAGUGAAUUUGAGGGGAAAUUGAAGCCUUUUCGCCUUUUUUCCGAUCGACACGCGCUCAACGCAGGCGCUGUGGAUGCGCAGUACCCGAGGACAUCAGUCAUCCGCGGAGAUAAGUAGCAAAGCGCGUUUCCAAGUUAACAUGACAGUGCAGAAAGGCAGAUUCGCAUAACACAUCUGGCAAAGUCCUGAGAUUUCGUUUCAUAAAUCAGACCCGACCACGGUGUGUGAAAGCGUUCACUCUCGCCCCAGAUUUCCUUCUCUGCUUGAGAGAGAGGGGAGAAGAUAAAAAGAAAAGAAAUAGCCACAUUUUUUAGACUUAUAUCUUGUUUGCCGUAGGUUUAAGUAGCUCUUCGACUUGAUUUGUCCGUGUGGGUGAAGGAGGCACAGGUGUUUGAAAGGAAAACAAAAUACAGGCACCCUUUUCUGCUCCAUUAAAUUGCUCUGGGACUGAACUGUGGAUGACAGGACUGUCUUUCUUCUGAAAGCACAUAUUCAGACACUAAUCCCCUCUUUUUCCUUGCUAUAUUGUAUAAUUCAUUUUGAUCCCUGCCGUUCUGAGCCUUCUCUCCUUUUCCUCGGGAUUCAAUCAGAGAAUAGGAUUAUCGUCUGCCUGAAUCUCAUGAAAAUUUUAUUAAAUUAAUUGCCUCAAUUGUCUUAGUGUAGCUGUUUAAAGCUGGGAAUUAAAACAGUAAUUUAAAGUUGAAGUUUUUUUCCACUGCUUAACCAAAAUUAUGAUUUGGAACUAAGUCACAUUUAUCCUUUUUUUGUUAUUUUCUUUUAUCAGGAUAAUUACUCGCAGCAUACUGAAGUGGGCUAGCAGUACUGCUGUAAUAAUAUCCUAAGAUUGAUUCGGAAUUAAAUCCCCUUCAAAAGGGUUUGUCUGCUGCAUUUUAAGGAAUGCAUUUCCUUGUAGAUAUGUACUUGCGGAUAGCGUCAUUGUUAUUGCUGCCAAUUCGCCAGCUUAUUAUAGAAGAUGAGCAAACAAAACCUCUGGUUGCUGUUUUUUUUUUUUUUUUUUUGCUCUCCCACAUCCCUCUGUGAAGUCAGCACCAGCCAAUCACGGCCCUGUUUGCCCAAUCUUCUGCCACCCUAGGGAGCCUAUGGCCACAGCUGGCUAGUGACAGUGUGCUGAUUGAAAACAACCUGCAGGCUUGAAGUGCUCUUCCUGGCCCCUUCAGGAGUAGCUUCUCUCCAGAUGGGCCCCCAGGAGGGCUUCAGGUGCCCACUGAAUACAGCGUCUGGAUCAGUCGGGUCUGUGAGGCCCACAUGCGCACUCUCCAAGAGUCCUCUCCUGCAUUCAAGUGCAUCUCGAGCUGUUCGUUUGGAGAGAAAAAAGUUCCCAGACACAAGUUCCCAGAAACACUAUACCGUAUGUAGGGUGUUAAAACUAUUAAUUAUUGUCCCUUGUAAUUAUUUAACAAGUCGUACAAAAGGAAGCCAAGUUGGUUUGGGUAUGCCCAAAAAAAAGAUUAAUUGAACGUCUUUUAUGAACAUGCUGACUGUGAAAACUAUCAUUAGUACUACUAUCUAAGCAACUUUCUUUGUUUAUUCCUCCUAAAUAUAAUUCUAGGUGCGCUUAAUUAAGGGAUCAUUGAAGUCUCACACUAAUUAAUUUUUUAAAAACCUUUCAUCACAGGUAACACCGAGACGACUGCGUGGGGAAUUAACUGCUGAGAUUGUCUCUCCCAGUCUGCGGAUAAAUCACGAUCGGUGCGUGAUCUCUCCCCCCGCCUCCCGCCCAAAGCUCACCCCAUUCCCCAAACAUCCGGAAAGCAUCCUCCUCAAUGUCCUGCGAUGGUUACAUGAACACGCCAUGAACCCCACCGAGCCUCGCCACCACUGCCUCACUUCAGGAGAGUGAUCGAUCCAAACCCGCCGUCGAGAGCCAGCGAGAAGAGCACAGCCGAGCCUCCGGGGAAGAGCGCGUCGACCUGACCAUGAAUCUCGCCAUCAAGCUGCGCAGGAACCUACGCCGGCUGGUGAUCCUGCUGGCCACCUUCUGCAUGGUCAGCAUCCUCAUCUCGGCCUACUACCUGUACACGGGCUCCGGGCAGGAGCUGGAGCUGUCGGACCGGGCCACCGACAUGGACUGCGGCGACCUGAAGCUCCUCCCUUACCGGCUGGCGGAGAUGAAGGCCCCCAAGCCCAUCGACACGUCGCGGAAGGAGCCGGUGGUUCUGGUGUUCGUGGAGAGCCAGUACUCCCAGCUGGGCCAGGACAUCAUCGCCAUCCUGGAGUCCAACCAGUUCCAGUACCGCUCGGAGAUCGCCCCGGGGAAAGGGGACAUCCCGCCCCUCACGCACAAGGGCCGGGGACGCUACGCCCUGGUCAUCUACGAGAACAUGAUGAAGUACGUCAACAUGGACUCGUGGAACCGCGACCUGCUGGACAAGUACUGCAUGGAGUACAGCGUGGGGAUCGUGGGCUUCCACCGGGCCAAUGAGAACACGCCGUCACUGGCCAAGCUCAAGGGCUUCCCCCUGUACCUGCACAGCAACCUGGGGCUGAAGGACUGCUGCGUCAACCCCCGCUCCCCGCUCCUGUACGUCACCAAAGCCGAGGCCGACAGGGGCCCGUUGCCCGGCGACGACUGGACCGUGUUCCACUCCAACCACUCCACCUUCGAGCCGGUCCUGCUGGCCAAGCCGCGGCAGACGGCGGCCGCCAACGGCAACGUGCCGCCCGGCUUCUCGGGCCAGGCGCUGUACGUCACCGUGGUCCAGGACCUGGGCCUCCACGACGGGAUCCAGCGCGUGCUCUUCGGCAACAACCUCAACUACUGGCUCCACCGCCUCAUCCUGGUGGACGCCAUUUCCUACCUGACGGGGAAGAAGCUCUCGCUCUCCCUGGAGAGGUACAUCCUGGUGGACAUCGACGACAUCUUCGUGGGGAAGGAGGGGACCAGGAUGAACGUCAACGACGUUAAGGCCCUGUUGGACACGCAGAACCUACUCCGAUCUCAAAUUACCAACUUCACUUUCAACCUUGGCUUUUCCGGAAAAUUUUACCACACCGGCACUGAGGAAGAGGAUGCUGGGGACGACCUGCUUCUGAAGUAUGUGGAGGAGUUCUGGUGGUUUCCCCACAUGUGGAGCCACAUGCAGCCACACCUCUUCCACAACGAGUCCUCUCUGCUGGAGCAGAUGAUCCUCAACAGAGAGUUUGCCCUGGAACACGGUAUUCCCACAGACAUGGGGUACGCCGUGGCCCCUCACCACUCGGGGGUGUACCCUGUUCACAUGCAGCUGUACGAGGCUUGGAAGAGGGCCUGGGGAAUCAGGGUGACCAGCACGGAAGAGUACCCCCACCUCAAACCAGCCCGCUACCGAAAGGGCUUCAUACACAACAACAUCAUGGUACUUCCUCGUCAGACCUGUGGCCUGUUUACACACACCAUAUUCUACAAGGAGUACCCUGGGGGGUCAAAAGAGCUGGACAAGAGCAUUAAGGGAGGCGAGCUUUUCCUGACCGUGCUCCUCAACCCGAUAAGCAUCUUUAUGACCCAUUUGUCUAACUACGGGAAUGACCGGCUGGGCCUCUACACAUUUGUGAACCUGGCCAACUUCGUCCAGUGCUGGACCAACCUGAGGCUGCACACCCUGCCUCCUCCACGCCUGGCCCACAAGUACUUCCAGCUGUUCCCCGAGCAGAGGAACCCACUGUGGCAGAACCCUUGCGAUGACAAGAGACACAAGGACAUAUGGUCAAAGGAGAAGACAUGUGACCGCCUCCCCAAGUUCAUGGUGAUUGGUCCUCAGAAGACUGGAACCACAGCGCUCUAUCUCUUCCUGAUAAUGCACCCCUCCAUAUCAAGCAACUUCCCCAGCCCGAAGACAUUUGAGGAAGUGCAGUUCUUCAACAGUAACAACUACCACAAAGGCAUUGACUGGUACAUGGAGUUCUUUCCCGUGCCCUCCAACGUGACCACGGACUUCCUGUUUGAGAAGAGCGCCAACUACUUCCCCUCGGAAGACUCGCCCCGACGAGCAGCCGCCCUGCUCCCCAAGUCCAAGGUCAUCACCCUGCUGAUCAACCCCUCGGACCGCGCCUACUCCUGGUACCAGCACCAGAGGGCCCACGAGGACCGUGCGGCUCUGAGGUACAGCUUCUACGAGGUCAUCUCCGCAGGACACCACGCGCCGGCCGAACUCCGCUCACUGCAGAACCGCUGCCUGGUACCCGGCCUGUACGCCACACACAUCGAGAGGUGGCUCACCUACUACCCUCCCAGUCAGCUCCUGAUCAUUGACGGACAGCAGCUGAGGUCGGACCCCGCGGCAGUCAUGGACGAGGUGCAGAAGUUCCUGGGGGUGUCUCCGUAUUACAACUACUCUCAGGCGCUAACGUUCGACCCACAGAAGGGCUUCUGGUGCCAGCUGCUGGAGGGAGGGAGGACCAAAUGCCUGGGCAAGAGCAAGGGCAGGAAGUAUCCAGCCAUGGACACGGAGUCGAGGGCCUUCCUGUCGCGGUACUACAGAGACCACAAUGUGGAGCUGUCCAAGCUGCUUCACCGGCUGGGCCAGCCCCUGCCCUCCUGGGUCCGCGAGGAGCUGCAGAAAGUCAGAUAGCACAGCGGGAGCGAGCGAGGGAUGGAUGGAGGGGCAGAGAGAGAGAGAGACUCCUGACCACAAUUCUGCCAAAAAAGGAAGAAAAAAAACAGAUUCCAGAAGAAGAAAAAAAAAACUAAUGGAGGAGGUAUGAUGAGGCAGGACCCCGGAUUUCUUUCGAGGACCUCUUCAGGAACGCGAGUCGCCUCUUUCAAUGUUUCCAUGUGCUGGCAUGUGGGGUGAGGAGUGUGGGGGACCUGCGGAGGGGAGAUAAGGCGCGCUGCGUGUGGGGGGGUUAAACGGGACGUGUAUGCGCACACGCAUGUCGCCGGUACGGACUGAUCCCAGCCUGCACGGGGGCAGGCGUGCACUUGAGACUGCGGUGACUGUUUAUUUUCACGUUUUUCUUUUUCCAUUUCUUUAAUUUAUGAUUCCAGCGCGGUGCUGGUGAGCUGCCUGGUCUCCGUGGUGAUGAAUUUGCACUAAGUUCCGUUUCAUGCCUCCCACACUUGAGUGUUUUUAAUUUUUUGUCUUGUAGGCUACAUUUAGAGAGAAUAAUAGAAAAAAAACACACAACAGCUUGCUAAGUAACUAAGAGGGUUACGCUGAGAGUAAACACGGGCAGGAGCCGGGCUGGGUUUGGGGUGAGAGCCCAGUUCUGCUCAUAAGAUGGCGAAUAGCAGCAGGCUCUCCUUGUUCAUGGGACGGCAUUCAAACCGAAUGGCGCCGUCGACGGCUCGCGAAACAACCCACGUCUCCGGCCUUCACACACCAUCCCUAAAGGAGGAGGACGGAGGAGAAACCCCUCCCUGCUUCCACACACACCCUCCCUGAACAUGGCCACCGCACCCACACCCUCCCUGAACACACGCACCCUCCCUGAAAAUGGCCUCAGCACACACACCCUUCCUGAACACACACACCCUCCCUGAACAUGGCCACAGCACACACCCCCUCCCUGAACACACGCACCCUCCCUGAACAUGACCACCGCACCCACACCCUCCCUGAACACACACCCCCUCCCUGAACAUGGCCACAGCACACACCCCCUCCCUGAACACACACACCCUCCCUGAACAUGGCCACCGCACCCACACCCUCCCUGAACACACACCCCCUCCCUGAACAUGGCCACAGCACACACCCCCUCCCUGAACACACACACCCUCCCUGAACAUGGCCUCAGCACACACACCCUUCCUGAACAUGGGCACAGCACACACCCCCUCCCUGAACACACGCACCCUCCCUGAACAUGACCACCGCACCCACACCCUCCCUGAACACACACACCCUCCCUGAACAUGGCCUCAGCACAUGGUUGUAUGUUACGGGCGGAGCGGGAAGCAGGAGGCGGCUCGGAGCAGGUGACAUCACCCCCCCACGAACUCCGAGGUCCAGGCUGUGCUCACAUUCCCGGGCCUGACGCUGGAGUUUUCCAGAACCGGAACGCCUCCCAGGACCAGCCGCUGUCUUACGCCGAUGCACUUUGUUAAACAAGGAUCACUGUUUCCGUGCCGACUGCGCUAUGACUCUGACAUUGGGAAAAACAAAACUGAAAUCAAUUUUUAAUACAUAGCAAGUCAUGAAAGCUGUUUUUCCCCACAGCUAAGGACAGAGCGCAUUGUGGUUAGAUUGAAUUUGGGUCUUGGUUGCAAAGUACACUGGUAAAAUGUGACGACAAAGGCGUUUGAAAAUCCUGUGCUCGUUAGCUGACCUUGUGGCCACAUUAUAAAUCAGUCACACUGGCAAACUCAUGUCAACUCAGGGAUGUUCUGAGUGUCCGAAAACAAACAUGUAAAUGUGUUUUUGUUUUUUUUAAAAGGUAUUUAUUUUUGUUGAGUUUUUUCACUGGCCUGCGGGUGUGUCAUUCAGUGAAAACGAACAGCGGUCAUUCACGCCCGUGGUGAAUCGACUUUAAUGAGAAAAGAUAAUGAUCUCCUCCUGACGACCUGAUAACCUUGACAUUUUGCGUCUCAGUAUAGUGCGUCAUGCCAUACUUACCGUGGGUAUGUGGGAUUAACAGCCCGGUCACGGUUAAACGUCACGCUUAUCCCCAUCGCACCAACCGACGACCGGGGCUGAUUAAUAAGACCAAUGCACACAGAAUUCAAAUGUAUCACAUUUCAUUCAUAUUUCAUAUUUUAGUUUAGUUUUUUUAUUCUUUUUUUAAGCUGUCAUUUUGCCCCAUUGGCAGGACUAAUAGGAGAUGCUUUUGUUACAUAAGAUUAAUUCUAAGAAUUGAUACGAUUUGUGUCAUGUUUUAGUUGCCAGUUUGACCUUAGCGUUGCUUUUUGGAUCGCAGCGUAUUUGCUGGUUGGUUUACGUGUAUUUUAUUUUGGGUUUUUUUGUUAAUAAAUGCCUCAAUACGGUGUGUAAUUGCUUCGAAAGAGUGUGUAUAUAUACAUAUAUAUUCAAAUAAAAAAAUUAACUGGUUAA